AUGCUGUGCUUACGUAACUUAGGGUACAUAUACCCGACGGACGACGCGUCCGCCUAUUCAUCGGCUGACCCGACGUUUGCCACGCGUGACGACGACUACAUGCCGACGAUGGACACGAGUCAGGGAACGGAGGACUCGAACGACACGUCUUUGGCCACCGAAGACGACUCGAUGACCAAACGGCGGGGCAGAGGACGCGGCAGAGGCGGCGGUCGCGGCAGAGGUAGAGCCGGUCGGCCUUCGCUGAAUCGGUUGUCAGUGGCGGACACGACACUGAAUCGGACCGUCGAAGACAGUAAUAGUCUGUUUGAGAGCGUGAGAGGCGGCAGAUCUGUGCUCCAGUCGGUGGUCGACGAGUGGAUUGAGUCCUAUCGUCAGGACAGAGAGGCGGCUAUUCUCGAGUUAAUGCAGUUCUUCAUCAGGAGUUCCGGCUGUAAGGGAAAGAUUACGCCACAAAUGCGGGAAACGCUAGACAACGGACAGAUCAUACGAGCGCUGGUCGAGGAGUUCGACGAAGAGGGCGCCGACUAUCCGCUGGUGAUGACUGGCCCGCAGUGGAAGAAGUUUAAGAGUAAUUUCUGCGAAUUCAUCCACACUUUGGUCCGUCAGUGUCAGUACUCAAUCAUUUACGACCAGUUCUUAAUGGAAAGCAUUAUAUCACUGCUGAUCGGACUGUCCGACUCUCAAGUGCGGGCCUUCAGACAUACGGCCACUUUGGCGGCCAUGAAGUUGAUGACGGCUUUAGUGGAUGUGGCGCUAACUCUGAGCAUCAACUUAGACAACACUCAGCGCCAGUACGAGGCCGAGCGCCAGAAGACGCCGUCCAACUCGAAGCGGCCGUCGGAACGGUUGGAUCUAUUGAUGAGUAAACGCCAAGAACUGGAAGAGAACAACGAUGACAUCAAAACAAUGUUGGGAUAUCUGUUCAAAUCGAUUUUCGUGCACAGAUAUCGGGACACUUUGCCUGAGAUUCGGUCCAUUUGUAUGACAGAGAUUGGCAUUUGGAUGAAACGACUUCCGGGAAUGUUUUUGGACGACUCGUACCUGAAGUACGUCGGGUGGACUCUUCACGACAAAGUGGGUGACGUCCGCCUCAAGUGUCUUCACUCCCUUCUGCCGCUCUAUGAGAGCGAAGAGAUUACUCGCAAAAUGGAAUUGUUUACCAAUAAGUUCAAGGAUAGGAUCGUUGCCAUGACUUUGGACCGCGAGUUCGAAGUGGCCGUACAGGCCGUCCGACUCAUCAUUAAUGUCCACAAACACCACAGAGAUAUCCUCACCGAUAAGGACUGCGAACACGUCUACGAAUUGGUUUACGCCACGCAUCGGUCGGUGGCUCAGGCGGCCGGAGAGUUCCUCAACGAACGCCUCUUCCAAGUGGACGAAGAGUCCACCGCUAACCUCAGGAGCAGAAGAGGCAAAAAGCGGUCGCAACACUCGCCGCUGAUCCGAGAUCUGAUCCAAUUCUACAUCGAGAGUGAGCUCCACGAACACGGGGCGUAUCUCGUCGACAGUCUCAUUGAGAGCCACCCUAUGAUGAAAGACUGGGAGUGUAUGACUGACCUUCUGCUCGAAGAGCCCGGGCCUGAAGAGGAGGCUCUGGACGACCGCCAGGAGGCGUCACUCAUUGAGAUAAUGGUGUGUUGUGUGAGACAAUCGGCAACCGCUGAAACACCAAUUGGAAGGGGACCUCAAAAGCGACAAUUGUCUUCCAAAGAGGCCAAACAAGUACAGGACGACAAGAACCACAUAUCCGAACACUUUGUGGUGACUUUGCCGGCGCUGAUGGACAAGUAUAAGACAGAUCCCGAGAAAAUGGCGAAUCUGUUGACAAUUCCACAAUACUUUGAGUUGAGUUACUUCACGAGCCAAACGGAACAGUUGGACACUCUCUUACGACUCAUCUCACAAGUGGUUGAAAUCCAUUCCGACAAAGAAGUGUUGGAAUCGGCGGUCAAGACAUACGAGUACUUAAACGAAGAAAACUUUUCUUACGCCAGAAAUGUUUGGCUCUCGAAAAGCACUGCAAUCGACACCCUUUGCAACAAAUACAAGGAAUCGGUCGACAAUUUUGCACUCAAUCCUAACGGAGAUGAAGAGAAACUGAUGGUUAUUAUGCAAUUGAAGAAGAUUUCCAUCUUUUAUUCCUGCCAUGACUUGACUUCUUCCGGUCUUUGGGACGAUAUGUUUGAGCGUUGGAUCAAAACAGCGAAUUCAGAUCCAGAAGAAGUGCCAUAUAAUGCAGUCAAGUAUGCGGUCAAUGCCUGUCAUAUGGGACUCGUUUGGGAGUUGUGUUUACUCUCACAGUCGCGCUCGCAGUCGGACCACAUCCAGACCGUUAAGACCAGACUCUUUGACUUUAUGACAGAAAUGCGUUCUUUGCUUAACCAUCAAAGCGAUGAACUCGAGGAAGAGGCAUUCAAUACCAUUUGUGAUCUUCUCAUCAUAUUUUGCAAUCAAUUGGAUAACGACUCACCGGUUGUCGCGAACCUUAUCUACAAACCCGACGUUAAUCUCAUCCGAAAACUCGAGACAUUUAUUCAACAAAAAGUAUUCAUCGAAGAAGAGGAAGACGAAAGCGAAGACCCAAACAAAACAAACAGCGGUUUGGAAUCGCUUCACAAAAAGCGCCACUUCUUGUCGGCGUUCAGCAAAUUAAUUGUAUAUAACAUAAUCCCUGGCCGUCACGCGGCCUGUGUUAUCAAGCAUUACGUCAAAUUUUACGGCCAAUACGGAGAUAUAAUUAAGACAACGUUAGCCAAAGCGCGCGAAAUAAAUAAAGUAAUUUGCGCGAAGACUAUGGCCUCAGCGCUGGUCAAUGUCUUUAUGGAACUGAGAUCUGAAGCGGCGAUGAAUGCAAACGCAUUCACUAAACAGGACGAGAAUUUUCAAGCUCUCAAAGAGUUGGCCAAACGUUUUGCCCUUUCGUUCGGUUUGGAUAAUAUGAAGAAUAGGGACGCCGUCGCAGCCAUUCAUAGGGAAGGCAUUCACUUCACAUUCAAUACGAUAGAAAACCCGGAGAACCCGUUGGGACCGCCGCCUAACCUACCGUUUCUCGAAAUCAUUAGUGAAUUCUCUAAUAAAUUAAUAAAACCCGACAAAAAGACUGUGCUCACAUAUUUGGAUAGAUAUGUGAAGAACGCAUUGCCGGGCAUUCAUAAUGACGUCACCGUCGGUAACUACUCGAUAUCCCGGUCAGAAUAUGUCGUGUUGCUCAAACUAAAUGGGCACUUAUCUCGCGGGCCUUCUGUUAUGUUCCGGUUCUUCUCUCCGGCACUCCUGCUCCCAUACACCCAUAUGUUUGAGUUGCCAUUUGACGCACUAUUAAUGCAUGCGAUAUGUGUUGUUGUUUUAGGCGAAGGAGAGGCCGAUGGAGACCAUCAGGACUGGCAGCCAUUGAUGAGCUAUAGGGCCAGUCUUAUACAGCACAACGAGUUUGAUUUACCCGUGAAUAGAGCGCCCGGAAGACAAUACAAGGCCAAGAAGAGAGGCCGUGAGGACGAGGGCGAAGGAGAGGCCGAUGGAGACCAUCAGGACGUGGAGUCAGAACACGACGGAUCAGAAAUGAAUGAAUGAAACUAUCAUUUAAUUAUAGGUCACAUAUGAGCUCAUUCUCUAAACUCUCCAUUAAUUUAUGUACUUUUUAUGGAUUUCAUAUUUUUCAUCAAAAUAUUUGUAUUUAAAAAACAACACUCCAUUUCGAUAUAGUUUUCGUCUCAAAUCAAUACCAUUAAUAUAUCUAUAAAUAAGUUGUAAUAUCCGUUAUAAUAAACACAUUAAUUAAAAUUCGAUAAAAAAUA